UAUCUUGGGUUUUGCGUUUCAUUUCAGCGCCCAUGUCUUCACGUUAGAGCAGCCAUAUGGUCUGCGUGAGACGCGCGGUUCUCAGCAAAAUAGCUGUUUAUAGUCUCCCAUUAGACUAAUUCAAGUUAAAUGUGAAAUCAGCUGUAAAUGGAUGGUGGGCGAAAUGUUAACUGUGCUGGAUUUGGAUCACGUGUAUGGACUCACCUUUGACCACUCUCCACGCCAGGAGCAACGAGCUAGAAUUAAGAGCCAGCCGGUUUUAACCAAGAGGGAAGUAGUCAGGCGCAGGCUAAUCCAAUAUCACGGAGAUUUGGUCCAAAAUGUCUACACAAUUCCUGUGCCUAUGAUGUCUGCAAUGUCAUGAAGGGAACGCACUAUCCCUGUGAAAACCUGAAAUCGUGUGUGGGCAGGUAGAAGAAGAUGGAAGUCUCUGUGGGCUUGCUGUUAGUUUUGGUUGAAGUUGUACAAGGCUUCCAAAUUCAGAGUCCUGCUGGUCCUCUGGUAGCCCAGCUGGGAGGUUCUGUUCUUCUGCCCUGUUCUGUUGAAACCCCCUUGCCUCUGGAGGAGCUGGAGGUGGAGUGGAGAAGGACAGACUCAGAGUCACUGGUGCACCUGUUCCAAGAGGGAGAAGUUAGACCAGAAUCACAGGACUAUACCUACAGGGGAAGAGCCCACUUCUUCACGGUGGACAUGUCCAAAGGAAACUACUCCCUACUUCUCAAAAAUGUGUCACGAGAAGAUGCUGGAAUUUACAGUUGCAAAGUUUACACUGAAAAUGAGGCACACAAAAUUACUGUUGACCUUGAAGGGGUUGAAUACCUGGUAGUGACCGGAGCAGGUGCUGUUUAUGCCUCCAAGGGUGAAGCGGUUGUCCUUAACUGCUCUGUGGAUUCCCAUAUCCCACCUGAGGAACUGAUAGAGGUCAGUUGGAGGAGGACAGACCAGGGGAUGUUGGUGCUGCUUUACCAACAUGGUGAGGUCCUACCAGACUCCUCACAUGAGAGAUAUCGAGGCAGAGCAGAGUUCUUCACCACAGAAAUCCCCAAAGGUAACUUUUCACUGAGACUGAAGGAUGUCAGAACUGAGGACGAAGGGGAGUACAUCUGUGAAGCCCGCAGCAGCAAUCUUAUUGGCAAAAGCACCGUAAAAAUAGACAAACUGCAAAUGGGUCUCUCCUUUCUGCAUUACUUAGUACUUAUGUGUUGUGCUGCAUCCUUUCUGAUAAGCAGUGUGGCUGUUGUCCAUUUCAUGAGCAGAGGGAGAAAUGUAUUGGCUGUGCAUUUCUUGCUGGUUUUUAGUCCAAACAUACUGUUAUUCAGUGGAUUCGUCUUGUGGGGAUCGGCUGAGGGGUUGUUUAGUGAAGCAGCUGCCUGCUCGGUUGUCAAUCUCACACGGAUCCUCUUCUUGCUUGUCACUACUCCAUAUCUUGGUGCAGUUCAUGGUUCUUCCCAAAAACUGAUCAGAGUUGUGAGUGUCACUGUUGAACACACAGUCAUUGCUGUGGUUGUAUAUUCAGAUGCCUACAAUAAAAGGCUAAAAUGGAGCUCUUAUAUCAUGGAUGGACCGUUUCACAUACGUUUCAUACGACUGUAUGUCUUUUUUGGAUUAACAAUUUUCUUCAGUCUUUGUGCAAUCUAUACAGAAAUAGUAUCAGUGUAUCAGUUGCCAUGCAUGCUUCCCAGGUCUGAACCAGGGCCCAAUUCUCAAAUGGAACCGUCAAAACAAGUCUGGACAUUUACACUUCUAGAGAUAAGCAGCAUUGCUCAGAUGUUGUUUCUCUCUCUUAAAACUAAAAGAUACACCCAUGACAUUAGGCAAAUACUUAUUUGGAUUGCUCCACUUCUGCCAAUGAUUGUAAUACUGAUCCGUAGACUGGUGAGGAAGAGGCCACAAUGUUGGGGCCGCUUUUGCUGGACAGCAACCAUGGCCAUUUGGAUGCCUUUUUAUUUUGUAAUAACCAUUUAUAUCCUGGGUCAUGUCCAGGAUGCAAUUGAAGCAAUUUCACCUGGAGAAGGUGCAGGGCUUCUGUGUGUUUUUGCUCUAUUAAAGAUGUUAGCGAAUGUCUCCCUGUCAAAGCACCCAGAUAGCAUACCCGAAAUACCACAAACCAUUCUAUUUAUGUUUGGGGCUGCAGGACUAAGUAUUGUAAAUUCUAUUGGUUUGGCAACCAAAUUGUUCCUGACAUCAGGAGGUGGCCAUCAAAAUGUACCUGAUCUUAGAUUCAUCACCCUUCCAUCCGAAUGUGUCUUUGUGUUUGGAUGGUUUACAUUGCAGAUACAUGAUUACUGGACACACAAACACAGGACAGAGAGCAACUCAGAGAGGCACAGAGACCUCGUAUUACAGGACACAGCUGACACUCAUGAGAUGCAUGUCAUGGCCAGACCAGAUUUACACACUUCAGACCCCUCUUUGAUGACAACUGUCUCAGAGCAGAAAAUAUACCACCUGUAAAUGUUGAGAGCAUGUAUGUUUGCAUACUCCAUUAAUCUGUAUCUUUGUCAAUAAAGAUAUUUGGGGAAAAAAAAAAAAUCUGUAUCUUUGUAAUCCUGGUAUCUUGUCUUGUGGACAUGUAAGAUGUUGUGCAGGUUUCUGUUUGCCCUAAGCCUAACGGUGGGUGUCCACGGCACUCGUUAUCGUGCUGCUCUCAUUGGGAUAGAAUGGAAGCGAUUUGCUGCCUGCUGAGGAAAAAAAUCGUCUUUGCUGCCUGCUGAAAGUUGGGCAUUCUUUAACUUUAUGCAAAUGAGAGUGAUUUGCUGCCUGCUGAGAGCCAAUCAAUUCGGCGUGUGUGUGAUUUGGAAGCCAACGUAGCUCAUAGGGGCAGGAGUAAU